AUGCAGCUCUGGAUUUUCUUCCCUGUCGUUCUCUCCUUGACGUCCUUCAUUGGAACAUGGACUGUAUACGGCUUGGCGUACUCCAACCAACAUGUCUGCUCGCUCACCGACUGGUCGGGGGAGAACUUUUGCACUAUCAAUCACACCACCAACUGCUGCUAUAUUCCCACCAUAAGCACAAGUGGAACCAACGCCCCGGAGAAUUCCCUUUUCACAGCCACCCUCAACGCUUGUUCCUUUUUGUUUUUUCUCUUCUGCAUAUUCCACCAUGCUCACAUCAUGGAGAAAAAUGUGAUUCAAGCCGGCUUGAGCAGGUUGGCGCUAGCGUUUGGUGUGGUCGCCUCUUUGGGAUCAUUUGCAGCUGGAAACUGCAAUCCCGGCUACCUGACCCUGUGGCACCAUGCGGCGGCUGGGGUGAGCUUCACGUGCAUCUGCUUUUACACAUUCCUGCUGUCGGUGCUAACCGCUCGAUGUCAGCUGACGGGCUAUGAGAACGUACUCUACCCGCUACGCAUGGCGUCCACUGUGACACAGAUCAUCCUCACGCUUUGCUACACGUUCUGCUUUGUCCACCAUGACUACUACUAUUGGCACCUGUCAGCCGUGUUUGAAUGGACACUUAGCGGCAAUCUGCAGCUUUUCGAGCUCAGCUUCAUCGUAGAGUUCAGCUUCUUUUCGUCUUACAUGCUGUCCAACCUGUUCAACCGACGUGACGAGGAGGGGCCCCUCGUGUUGGUCUGA